AUGAAUAGCGGCAAAACAUACAAAUAUUUCUCCACUCUCCGUCGAAUCCUAUCCCGACAAUACAACUAUGUAAUGAAGGCUGAUGAUGAUGUUUUCAUAAGACAUGAGCCAUUGGCAUUGUAUCUGCAGCCAUUAUCCAGGUUUGAUUUGUACUAUGGUUUUGUGAUUCCAUGUCCUAGCAUGAAUCCCUUUGUGCAUUACAUGUCCGGAAUGGGUUUUGUUUUGUCCUGGGAUCUUGUUGAAUGGAUUGGCAGUUCUGAAAUUCCUAUGAAUCAUACGUUUGGACCGGAAGAUAAAAUGGUUGGGCAAUGGCUGAAUGAUGGGAACAAGGCCAAAAAUAGAUUUUCUAAUAAGCCGGCAAUGUAUGACUAUCCUGGAACUAAUGGAAGGUGCUCACACCAGCUUAUACCAGAUACAGUUGCAGUUCACAGGUUAAAGAGAUGGGAACAAUGGCUGCAUGUACUUAGUUAUUUUAAUGUAACCAAAGAUACUGAAUACUCCAAACUCUACAAUAUUGUAUGA